AUGAGAGGAGAGCUCAACGUGAGAGGACAGCUCAACUUGAGAGGACAGUUCAACUUGAGAGGACAGCUCAACUUGAGAGGACAGCUCAACUUGACAGAACAGCUCAACUUGAGAGGAGAGCUCAACAUGAGAGGAGAGCUCAACUUGAGAGGACAGCUCAACUUGAGAGGACAGCUCAACUUGAGAGGACAGCUAAACUUGAGAGGACAGCUCAACUUGAGAGUACACCUCAACUUGAGAGGAGAGCUCAACAUGAGAGGAGAGCUCAACUUGAGAGGACAGCUCAACUUGAGAGGACAGUUCAACUUGAGAGGACAGCUCAACUUGAGAGGACAGCUCAACUUGACAGAACAAGGAGAGCUCAACAUGAGAGGAGAGCUCAACGUGAGAGGACAGCUCAACUUGAGAGGACAGUUCAACUUGAGAGGACAGCUCAACUUGAGAGGACAGCUCAACUUGACAGAACAGCUCAACUUGAGAGGAGAGCUCAACAUGAGAGGAGAGCUCAACUUGAGAGGACAGCUCAACUUGAGAGGACAGCUCAACUUGAGAGGACAGCUAAACUUGAGAGGACAGCUCAACUUGAGAGACAGCUCAACUAGAGAGGACAGCUCAACUAGAGAUGACAGCUCAACUAGAGAGGACAGCUCAACUAAAGAGGACAGUUCAACUAGAGAGGACAGAUCAACUAGAGAGGACAGCUCAACUUGA